AUAAAUUAUCAUGUAACGAUCUCAAAAAACUAAAAUAUUGUGAGGCUAUAAUUAAAGAAGCUAGCCGUUUAAUACCAGCGGUACCUUUUACAUUCCGUCACACCACUACUGAAUGUGAAAUUGCUGGAUAUCAAUGGCCAGCUGGUACAGAUUUUCAUAUAAAUUUUGCAGGAGGACAUACUCACCCUGAGAGUUGGGAUAAUCCUAAAAUUUUUAAUCCGGAUAGGUGGCUUUAUGAUAAUGAUGGUAAUAUCGAUAGAUCUGCUUGGAUGCCGUGGGGUGGAG